CAGCAGUAAUUAUCAGUCAAUUGACUUCACCUGUGUUCCUGUGUAAAAGGCCUUUGAGAGUCCACGUAGGAAACAAUACUGCUGACCAAUGGGAAAUGUGCCUUCCCUCUAGAGGACUGCAGCACACAGUUGGUGGUUGAAGUGUUGCUGAACAGGAAGUUGCUGAGUAGAAUUGAGAGAACUUCAACAGACAUGAGGGUCUCUUAUCAGGCUCUAGUCUUGCUUUUCUUAGCAGGAUUAUGCUCACUCGAGAAAGUUCCAGUCCAUGCAUUUGUCAGCAAACCAAUCCCAGGAACUCUACAGAACGUCAGCAAGAAUGACACUGGGGUGAAGGAGGCCGUCCUGACUGGAACCUACUCAUUUAAUAAUAAAUCCAACGAUGCCUUCCUCUUCAAAGCAUCAGCUGUUGAUGAUGCGAAGAGACAGAUAGUCAAAGGCAUCCGCUACAUUCUGGAAGUGGAGAUCACACGGACCGUGUGCAGGAAGAGGGGCAACACUGAUGACCUCAACAACUGUCCCUUCCAGACAGACAGUCGGUUACGGCAGACCUUCUUCUGUCACUUUGACGUGUGGUCCGUUCCAUGGAUGAACAUGAUGUCAACUACAUAUUUUAAAUGUCAUUCCGAUUACACAUUCUGAAAUCCUUUUCAU